AUGAAGUACCUGGUGGGCAAACGAAGAGAUGGCCGCACCGACGGCAACGACACGUUCACUGGUCUCGCACUGCCAAUCCUCCUUGCCGAAAGAACGGACCUCGAUAUGACAAACUUGACCAGCGACUUUGAUGCCCUUCUUAGGGGGCAUCAGGCUGCGCCGACAAAGCCGUUUGACGCUGACACCACCGACGAGUUCCUCAAGGAAGCCUACCGUAUUAACUCGCUCAUCGCGCAUCUACACAGCGAGCUUCGCAACUUGCGUCAAGCAUACCUAUCGACGGCCACCCCCCGGAGAACAGCCCUUCGUGGCGCUGCAUCCCGAACGGGACCUGGCCAACAUGUUCAUCUCACGGACCGCGACCGCGAGGAAAUUGAUGCCAACGCCAAGAUGACUCUCCGCGAUCUGAAUGCCAGGAUUCGCUCACUCGAGGAUGCCGAGCAGCUACGGCAAAACACCCAGGCAGCUCUACUCAAGAAGCGUUUUUCGCGCGGCCUGGCUGUUCUGGGCUCUUGGGCUGCGGGUGGUAAGAGCGCAGAACAGGCCGAGCUUGAGGCUGCCGCGCGUCAGCUCGGUGCACACCGAGAAAGCGUUAUAUGGUACCUGAGAACACGCUUACAGGAAGCGACACGGACGCAGCAAUGUAUGAUGGAAACCCGUCUUGCAAGAGAGAUGGAGAAGAGCAAGGAUGUUUUGGCAAAAACGAGGCAUACGGCCCUGCUCAACAACACGCACGAAGCUGCGAACGGGAGCUUUGCUAAGCCCUCGACUGACACGGUGCACAUGGCCAUAACCAGUGCCACAGGGCUGGCUGCUGAGGAAGUGGAAAAGAGGAGGCCCGAGUUCGAUGAUCUCACCGUGGAGCAACGGCAGAUGUUCGAAAAAGGUAAUCAGGACAUGCUCAAGCACCUUGAAAGCACCCUGGACAAAGUUAGAACGGCAGAAAAGUCGCUGCUGGAAAUUGCAGAACUCCAAAACCUCCUCGUUAGUAACCUUGCCACUCAAUCAGCACAUAUCGACCAGCUCGUUGCCGACUCCUUUGAAGCCACCGAGGGGAUCGACAAGGGAAACAAAGAACUUAAGAAGAGCGCAGGGAGGGCGAGUCCUGCCCGGUAUACCUUCUUCGCUGCUGCUGGGCUGUGCACCGUGCUCAUCUUGUGGGAUUUGAUCAUCUAG